UUAUGAAUUUAAUUCUGACUUUUAGCACCAAAAAGCACAACAGUGUGUCACACAACAGGCCACAUGCACACCAGCAGCCAAUCAGAGUGCAGCUGUGGGCAAUGUCACACCCCUCAGCCCCGAGCCCCGCCCACUUCAUGUGUGUGAAACAUCUUGGUGAAAAAGUUGAACAGCCACGAAACCGCGCACAUGCACGCACACAUGCACACUCAGCAUGCAUGUAAAGAUUACAGCCGAGUCACGUGCACGAGGACUUAAAGCCUCUCUCUCUUCCUGUGACUCACCCCCUCCCUCUCUAAUCGCCGUGGAGACGGUUGCUCCUCCCAGCCUGAAAACUCUCUGCAUAAGACACGGAGAAGGAUCGCACGGUGACGACGGGACGACUGACACAGCCAGGGGCCAUGCUGACCCCUGUGCUGACCCCUGUGCCGACCCCUGUGCCGACCCCUGUGCCCGGCUCUUCAGUAUCUACAGGAUCACUGACAGUUCUGCAACCUAAAGCCCAGGAUGCCCGUGGUUCCAGUGGGCGGAGCAUCUCUCUCCCACCACAUCGUACCUGUUGCCCUCACCUGCUCCUGGCUGGUUCUUCUCUGCCACACUGCCUUUGGUCAGAAACCUGCAAAGCUUCCACUGAUUGGCCGCAAGCCUUUCAUUGCUGCCUUCAACGCCCCGUUGGACAUGUGCGCCAUCAAGUACAACAUUACGGCCAACAUUGACCAACUCUUUCAAAUACACGGGAGCCCACGGGCUGGCUGCACGGGGCAGAAUGUCACCAUCUUUUAUGCCAAUCGGCUGGGAUACUACCCCUACGUCACGCCACAGGGUACCACUGUGCACGGUGGGGUUCCGCAGAACUGCAGCCUGGACCUGCACCUCUUCAAAGCCUACAAGGACAUCAAACACUUUAUUCCUGCUGAGGACUUCCGCGGCCUGGCUGUCAUCGACUGGGAGUUCUGGCGACCACAGUGGAGACGCAACUGGCACAAGAAGGACAUUUACCGCCGCAAGUCAAUGGAGCUAACUGCCAAGGCGUACAUAAAUGUGACGGCAGUGCAGGUGGAGGAGCUGGCACGGAAAAGAUUUGAGAAGAGCGCACGCACUUUCAUGCAGAGGACUAUCCAGCUGGGGAUGCACCUUCGUCCCAGUGGCCUCUGGGGUUUCUACCUGUACCCCGACUGUCACAACUACAACUUGCACGAGCACAACUACAAAGGCUUCUGCCCCCUGUCGGAGAAACUGAGUAACAAUGAGCUGCUGUGGCUGUGGAACAGCAGCUCUGCGCUCUUUCCCUCAGUGGCCAUCCGGAAGAAUCAUGCCAACAGCAUCAACAACCUCUACUUCGCUCAGCACAGAAUCCGAGAGUCGCUUCGCGUCGCCUCGCUGACCGCGAAGGAAUACGACCUGCCCACCUACGUGUACCUGAGGCUGGGCUACCGAGAGGACGCGCUGGCUUUCCUCACCAUGAAGGACCUGAUCCACACCAUCGGGGAGAGUGCCGCUCUGGGAGCUGCAGGAUUUGUCAUCUGGGGUGACCUGAACCUGACCUCAUCCAGGUACAACUGCACCAAAGUGAAGUCCUUCCUGAACCACCGGCUGGGCCAGUACAUCACCAACGUGACGCACGCCGCCCAGAUCUGCAGUGACUUCCUGUGCCAGGGGAAUGGCCGCUGCAUCCGCAGAGACCCUCACGCCCGACACUACCUCCACCUGAGUGCCGACAGCCACCGCAUCCGGCCGUCUGGAAACGGAGACUUCACAGUUAUGGGGUGGCAUUCACACCACGAACUGCAGUGGCUGACGGACCGGUUUCGCUGCCACUGCUACGAGGGCCACGAGGGCGAGCGGUGCGACAGCAUCAAUGAGGUGACGGAGGAUGACAGGCAGUGGGGGGAGGAGGAGGAGCAGGAGAGGAGAAGGUCGGAGUGGGAGGAUGAACAGCUGGACAGUGGACAGAGUGUAGCGCCCCCAACAGGCUGCAGCUGUCACAUGGUAGUUUUGCUACUACUCUUGAAUUUAGUAUAAAUGGGCUGCAUUUAUAUAGCCCUUUUCCAUCUGCAUCAGACGCUCAAAGCGCUUUACAAUUAUGCCUCACAUUCACCCCGAUGUCAGGCUGCUGCCAUACAAGGCGCCACUACACA